AUGAUCACGUACAACUUCGGCCGAGUAAUUGAUUCGUAUGUUUCGGCCGUAUUCCCAACAUCAGAUCAAUUCGAUCCAGUUGAUGAUGAUAUAGACGGGGAAAAUCUUGAAGAGGAGCGCCCUGAGGUGCCUAGAAAGGACGGCCUUCUUCAGUGUCUGCAACUGUCUCUACUCAUCGCCGCUCUUAUUGCUCUAAGUACAUAUGUUUUGCAUGUACGUUCUUCCUACCUGUCUACGGUAUUGCUGAGAUCAGUAUUGAAGGAGCAAGUUAGUAUAAAUGACGGAGGCUAUGUGAAAUUUUUGGAUUCCAUCGCUGUUUUACGUAAGAAGGACCCUGUUGAAGGAAAAAAUGUCAAUAUCUAUGAUUUAGAUUUGGGAGAGGAUAUUUUACGUUAUGGCGAUAUCCGUAGUCGAGCUGAUGUGGCGUUGUGGAUGCAGUUUGGGUUGAUCCCAUCAUUGUUCAAUGGCCUUAGUAGCUACAACAAACUCAUUGGAAACACAGUUCGUCUAUCUUUCAUAUAUGCUGAUGAUGGUGAUGUUAAGCCGCCACCUGUUAAGAAGCAGGCACCUUCUAAGCCUAAGGCUGUUGAACCACGUCUAUCCGGUGUUUCACCUAUGGGUUUCGUGGUUGAUGAUGGCGAUGAGGAUCGUGGCGAGGAAGCAGACACCGAUCUGGUCGAUGAUGAUUACGAUACCGAUAUUGUGAAGGGAGUUGCAUUGGUGCCUCCCCAAGACACACAGCAGGUUGGUGGCGGUGAUACGGGUCAGCUUGGUGGAAAUGUUGGCAAAGAUAAGAACGACACUACGAAAUCAGCAUUCAUAACCAAAUUGCCAUACGCGACAGAUGGAACGUUCCAUACAGAUUCGGUCCUUGGUGGGAGGUUCAUGUAUAUUGCUGGUGCGACUUUAGAGGAGGCGAUGUCAGCUCUGAACAUGGGUACCGAAUAUUCUCGCGAUCCGCCAUACUUCCCGCUAUACUCGAUAAUGUCAGACACUAGCACUACUUCGGUGACUCUGGAGGCCUUCACGAAUAACCCUAACGACUACACGGUCACAUAUGUAAAAGUGUCGUUUAGUUUUGUGUAUAAUGCUGAGGGUGGUAUUGACCUUUUGAAGAUGUCAAAGGCAUCUUCCAUUUCGACACCACGUGACAGUUUAACAAGAAGGAUCCAAUUGUUUAUUUUUGGAUUUGUGUUAUUGUUAAGUGUAGUACAUAUGGUACACAGUUUCCAGAUCCAUCGUAACUUUCGUGUCUACUCGUUGAAGGUCAUGUAUGUGAUUGACGCACUUGGUAAGCUGUGCUUACUGGUAUGCCUAAUAUCAUUUGCUGCCCGGCUUUAUAUGGGUCAUGGUUCAGGUCCAUAUAUCCAGGCUGCUACUACUGCAGGUGGUGAUUAUAGUUCUGUUGUUACCUUGGGUCGUAACGGGCGUCUUUUAGAUUCUGAUCUUUUGGAAGUGGUCUUCAACAACUUAAGGAAUACCGUGUUACAAGGUUACAUGAGUACUGGCCUUGUCCAAGUCAUGACCUUUAGUACGAUAUCGUUUCUAUUUAUAUUGUUUUGUGGUAUUCUGUUUGGUGGUGGUAAGGUUGGCAAAGUGCUAAGUUUCUGGGCAUUUCAUUCAUUAUUUCAAUUCGGUUUGGCCGUAUUCGGUGUAUUGUUUGCACUGUGCAUGAUUGCACUAGUGAACGCUUACGUUGUGAACUACAUUGGUAAGGAUGAUGCAAGUCUUCGCUACAACUUUGCGAUUCUGUCUAAUAUUUUAGCCGGUGUGGUAAACAAUCGUGUAAGUUCCUAUUACCGAAACCAUGGAUGGAUGCAUACGCUGUCGAUCCUAUUUCUGUUGGCUGUAUUUACCUACUUUGGUAUGAUAGUUUUGUUGACAAUGAUGCUCACGGCUAACCCUGAAUCUUGUAUUGAAAGUUUCGAUGGCUACCCUUUGAGUGGACAUUAUGACGACUCACGUUGGUUAAAGAUAAAGCUUGCUAUAGAGCGGAUAUUUGGUUACAUGUCACUGCGCAAUCGUCGAUUCUUUUUGCGUCAGCUCGUUAUUUCCAGAAAUCGAGCGAAUGUUGCAACAGCUACAGAUUCUAGAGGAUCUAAAGCCCCUACGGAGGGUGUCACAAGUUCUGCGAAUAGCUCAGUAACAGGUACCAACAACCCUGCUGCAGGCAAUAAGAGCCCGUCCAACAGCGGCAGUAUGUCAUUGGAAUCGAAUUCCACCACUAGCGGUGUUCCAUCACGGGCCCUAGGAAAGAGCCAGGCAUCAAAUGUGGCACCUCAUAGGUUGACCAUUGGUUCGGAAUUGCUGCGUUCUUCGGGUGGUGUACCUAGGAGGUCUGGUGUAAUGUAUGCUAACUUUACAAUUCUUCCCUCCCGUAACAGAAAGGAUCGCAGGUGGCUUCGUAUCCUAUCAUAUUGGCUCAUAAUUGUGGGUGUGAUAGUUUUUAUGUAUAAGGACCGCCAAUAUCAUGUUGUGCGUAAACUGUUGCAACAAACUUUGACGGAUCGUAUAAAAACUAGCACGGCGCGAUUACCAUGUAUCUAUGAGGAGUCCGUGGCCCCGAAAGAUGACCCUUCAGCGUCAGCAGCACCUGUUGCUGGAAGUGACAAAGGAGCAGAACCUCCCCCCGGGUCGGCACCUUCAGCUCCACCACCAUCCUCUGUCGCAGGUAAACCUCUUUCUUCUGGUCUAUUGGAGAAUGCGGACAACUCAGUGAUCCCUCGUGUUCCGGAAGAAAAGAAGGAUGUUCCUAAAGGUCCAGGAAAAGGGGAGAAAGAACCUGCCAAACCAUCAGUUUCUGUUGUAUCACAUCCGUCGCACCGUAAAAUGGAGUUUGUAAGGGCGGAUAUUGUGAAAGCGAUCAUCCCACACAUACAAUUUGCGCCAAGAAGUUUACUGACACGGCAGGAGGUAUUUCAAUGGUUAACUGAAGGUGGUCUCAACACAUUGUUUACUCGUGAACCUUUCGACAAUGAUAUGUUCCUAUCUACUAUGAAGGAUCCUCGUUACAUGUCAUUGCAAGGACGUUUUUUUGCGGUCCCAGCGGAUAAUCCCUUAUUCUUGGAGAUAAAGCUGAGAUCUCCUGAUGGGUUCCACUGUCCUCUAUUUGAGAAUAUGGAGCACGAUGUUGGCACGAAUACUGCUCGUAGUGUUGUACUUUCAACCGACUCAUCUAUGGGUCUUCGGGAACUGUUUGGUCAUUCUGCUAGGGAUUUUCCUGAUGUUGUUGAGAGUGUGAUUUUACAUUUUUUGAUCGUCGAUUCUAGUAAGCAAUCUAAGUUGUAUACGGCUACAAUUCCUUUUGAGAUCCGCAAAUCUGGGAAGGUGGUGUCUCGUAUGAAGCUACGGAGUGUUAUAGGUAUUCACCUGUCCUCUAGUUACCGGAAUAUAGUGUUUAUAUCGGUAUCUGUGAUAUCAUUUGUGUUACUUAUCUUAUUUUCAUGGUGGUUUGCUGUGGAUUGCCGUAAGUUCUUACGUAAUUACCGCUACCAUCAUAGGCUUACUGGUCGUCGACCAUUUUGGCAUUGUAUGAUGGUCUACUUUGUGAACGACUAUAUAAGGUUUGUUGAUCUUUUGGUGCUACUUUUGAUCUGUUUGACGUGUAUAUUUUACAUAUUUAUACACGAGAACACAAGUGUUGUGUAUAGUAGAGUGACUUUACUUUCAAGCUUGCAUGCUAGGUUAGAGGUCCAUUCUGCAUUACGCAAUAUUCGUUUAUUACAUAAGUCUUUAUGGGUAGUUUUGGGUCUAAUGGCAUUUUUGAUCAUUUUGGCUGAGAUACGUAUGCUACAGGCUGUCAUGCAGAUGUUCUUUAUGUGUCUCGUGUGUGCUUUUACAUUAUAUCUUUUGGCUUUUGUAGCAUUGUUUUUGGUAGCAUCGACCUUUCUCUUCGUAUUGCUGAUAUUCGCUGCUGAGCUUUACGACGACCUAUCUAAGGAUGAAGGGUUCCUUAUGGGAGGGAUGCGUCUUUUAAUAGGAGAAUCUCGUAUUCCAUCUCACCUGUUCGAGAGCAAACCUAUGGUCAUGUUGAUGUACCCGUUAUCUAUGAUCUUUAAAAUGUUCAUUAUGAACGUGUUAUUUGUCUAUUUGUGGUCGAUUUGGCCCAAGGGUGCCAAUAACAUUGAAGAAGAGGAUAUAAGCGAGGUGUACAAGCGUGACACGGUGGAUGGUUACGAGUUGCCUGGCGGUUCAUCUAAUUUAACUGAAGUUGCAUAUGACCAGCUGGAUUUAAUCCCCGAUGACCUUAAGGAAUAUUGUGCUGAUGAGGCUAUCAAGUUCAACCAGAUGUUCCGGGAGUAUGACGAACAGUUCACCUCAUCGGGUAUGAAAAGCCUGGAGUAUGUGGAAUGGCUACACGAGAAGCUUGCUCGAGAUAUGCAUGAGUUACGGAUGUCCUGCGAAUCACUGCAACUGCAGUUAGAAGUUGCCAAGAAGAGUCGUGAGAUAAUGGAACGUCAAGAAGACCGCACAUUGGAAUCUACGAUAUCUUUACUCGAGAUAACGUUGUCUGACAAACAAGAUGAGCUUGCCAGCGUAUACGAAGAAUACAAAUCUUAUGUUGAGGAAUGA